GAGAGAGAAAUAGAGAGAGAGAGAGAGACGAAACUCUGCUGAGGAACAUUUGAGGUGAAAGUAACAUGCACCACGGUCUGUUGGCGCAACCAGGAAUACAGUAGUUGCUUUCAAGGGAUCUAUGUGGACCCAGAAGGAAAUACACUCAUCAAAGUUGUGUUGACAUGAUGGCCUUUCAUCUAAAAUGCAGGAUGUGGUUACCUCUGAGAUGAUGGAGGACAAGAGUGGCGUAUCUCACGUGAUGGAGGAGAGCCAGGUGGAUGUGCAGAUCAAACAAACCAAAGCUCAGCCACAGCUGGCCGACAGACCCAACUGGACUAAUGGUCAGUGUGUUGUGGCGAUGCCAAGCUGUUCGAUGCUUAACCCGAGCUUUGAUCUGUCUCUAUGCCGUGCCAAACUGGAGAAUGAUGGCUUUCAGAUUCCGGUCCGAGACAUGGAGGCUCCGCUGCAGGCCGCUCUGGGCGUUCCCUCAGUCAGGAGAUACCUGGUUUUGAACUCCGCUCUCUUCCAUUUCAUACUGGCACCGGUGCUGUAUGUGGUGGUGUGGUGCGCUGUGUUCUCCACACUCCACAACCUGGUCAGGGACAACUGGGUCCUCUGCCUCUCUGUCAGCAUGGUCUCCAUCUUCCUCACCACUGCCAUCAUCUUCGUCCUCCACCACAGUAACAAGGAGAUCAACAUGAACGUGGACGUUCGGUUAAUCCAGGUGAACGAGAGGUUGGUGAAACACCAGCUGCUGGUGGCCGUGGCCGACUGGGUGCAGUCCUGCACUGGAAACAUGCAGCUGUACUUUGUGUUUUGGGACAUGUCUCGCUGUCUGAGGGCGCUGACUGAAACUUUAGAGGAGCGAAGCUCUGUGGAGGACGACACCCAGAACAAAAUGAAGAGGAACAUGUCGCAUCUCGUUCUUGUGACCGAGGACGCGGCUGUUGACCCCGAGCUUGGCGGGUCCGAUGCGGAGCAGGACUCCAGUGAACAGAGGCCUCUGCUGAGACACGAGGACACUGGCUGCAGUACCUCAUCCAGCCAGUGGGAGGGCGCCAGAGUCAGCACCAAAUACAGCCUCAUCCCUGAUGCGUCGUUACCUGCCCAGGCUAAAGCCUACCAGCUUCUGAUGACCUACAGCGCCGCUUACGUGAGGCUGCUGGUGUCCGAGAGGCUGUCAGGAGCCUCAAACUACCGGCCGGACCCUCGGAGGAACCACUGCUCCGACGCCCACCUCUGCCUCUGCCAGUACAUCAACAAUAAGAUCCUUCGAUAACAGAACCAGAGUCAAACCAGGAACUUUGAACUUGUAAACUACAGUCUUCAAGACUUUUGCCUUCCACGCAUGCCCUUGAGCAAACAAACUGACAUGUGAGAGCAUUUCCUCUGGAGCGGCAUGUUGUUUUGAUUCAAUCAGGGAGCGUUUUGGAGCUUCACACUCAGGGUUCUGUGAGUCCGGUGCCGCUGUGUUCACGCCAGCUCGUUCUCUCUUUCUGCACCGUGCCAAACGCUGCAGGUCUGAUCCACCUGCUGUAAACUCUAUUUGCACUUGCAACAUGGCCUUAGUUACUGUAAGCUAUUAGGAUUUAACGUUUACAAAAUGUUGGUAAUUGUAUAAAAUACAACACAUAAAUAGUAAACUAGUGCUUUUAUAUCUUUUUUGGCUUGUGACCUUUUACAAAAGGUCAGUGUCUAGUCCUGCCUAUGUAGACCAGUACUUUUACUUCUGAUUCUUUAAGUAGAUUUGGCUCACAAAACUUCUUUCCUUUUACUUAGUAGGAGUUUGACAGUCGUGUAAGAGGUAUUCACAUGUUCUAAAAUUAAAAUGCAAUGUCAUAAUGUUCAAAAUACUUAAAGCAUAAAAAGAAAAAGCACUCUGCAGCCGAAUGAGAAGGAUCUCAGUUCUAUAUUACUGUAUUUUAUAUUCUUGGAUUUAUAUUUGUUGAUAUUUUUUAUUUGAUUUCAUGUUUAAGUUGCUGGAGUUAAAGUGAUUAUCGCCAACUUAUUAUUAUUAUUCUGUAACGAUGCAUUGUAUUUUAUGGACGGAUCACGUUUUGUGUGUCGAAUCCAAACCUGCAAAGUAAAUAGGACAACAUUUGGAAGUAUGACGUAAUAUAAAUUUGAAAAUGUUCAAGUAAAGUACCUAACAUUGCAAUUAGGAACAUCAUUUGAGAACAUUUCAAUAUUCUUCCACUGAACUUUGAUUGCACUAAUAUGUCUGCCAUAACGAUGGAAGCAUGAAGCGAAAGAGACUUCCCAUGAUGCAGCUGUGCAAUGAUGCUGAAAGCAGGUUACCAUGAAUCCUUUGCUUGAUAUAUUACCAUAAAUGUCAGCCACAGCAGUCGA